CUCACUCGCUGCCGUACCUCCGUCACACCGACUCUUCAACUCCCAUAUCCUAAUCGCGUCCACUCAACUCCAUCUCCUGACCAAGGCGUUCCUCCGAUGGGGACAAGCGCCUCCAAGAACUCCGACAGCUCCCAUGGCGGCCGCGACGGCCAGCUCUACGUCUCCCUUAAGAUGGAGAACUUCAACAUCAGAGGCGAUCUCAUCCCCCACGUCUACGGCUCCGCCCCCAUCACCGGUUCUUGGGACUCCGCUAAGGCCCUCUCGAUGGCCCGGGAGUCGGCGUCGACGUGGGAGCUCAGCUUCGUCGUGCCCCCCAAUCACGAGACGCUGGACUUCAAGUUCUUGCUGAAGCCGAAGUACAGCAACGUGCCAUGCGUGGUGGAGGAGGGGCCGAGCCGGUUGCUCACUGGAGGGAUGCUGCAAGAGGAGGAUGCCAGGUCGGCGCUGUUCAAGGUGGGCGGAUAUGAGGAGGUUCUUGAGUACAAGUUGUUCAUUAAGGUGGACAUAGUGUCCCCGUUCGAUCUUGCAGCUAGUUGGAGGGCAUAUCAGGAGAAUCUUGAGCCGUCGAGGGUACGAGGGAUUCCAGAUGUCAGUAUCAAUGUUGCACCCGAUAAUAUGGGUUCGGAGAAUGGGCCAGCAUCCACUUUGGAGCUUGAUUUAGAACACUAUGUUGUUCCAGCACCAUCUUCCAGCGUUGGUGUAGUUUAUGCAGCUAAUUUGACAGAGACACCAAGAUCCUUGGUUAAUACUGGAAUUUCCUCCAAGAAUGAUGCCUCAAGUGGAAGUUCAUAUGACUCGAGUAAAGCUGGUGUUUUUUCACUUGACCAUUCCAACAGCCAGAAGGAUAUGGAUUCUAUGGUCUUGGAUCCUCCCAAACUUCUUCCAGCUCCUGGUAUGGUUGAAUCGAAGUCGGUUGGCACGUUUUCACCAUUGCUAAAGGAAGAUGGCCAAAAAGGACUCUUAGUUGAUAGGGGUGUGGGCUCUCCUAGACUUGUUAAAUCAGCUAGUGCAGGUGCAGUCACAUUUGAUCCCAAGUUGGGCUCUGAGACAAAGAAGGCCAUGCCAGCAGCAGCUGGAGCAGUUGCAGCCGCAGCUGUAGCUGAUCAGAUGCUUGGACCAAAGGAGGAUAGUAGGUUGGCCAUUGUGUUGGUUGGUUUGCCAGCCCGGGGAAAGACCUUCACAGCAGCCAAGCUUACUAGAUAUCUGCGUUGGUUAGGUCAUGAGACCAAACAUUUCAAUGUUGGCAAGUAUCGCCGCCUUAAGCUUGGAACAAACCAGUCUGCUGAUUUUUUUCGUGGGGACAAUCCAGAAGGUUUGGAGGCUCGCAAUGAGGUGGCUGCUUUAGCUAUGGAUGAUAUGAUAGCCUGGAUGCAAGAAGGAGGUCAGGUUGGUAUCUUUGAUGCAACAAAUAGCACCAGAAACCGAAGGAAUAUGCUCAUGAAAAUGGCUGAAGGAAAAUGUAAGAUCAUAUUUCUGGAAACAAUUUGCAAUGACAAACACAUAAUAGAAAGAAAUAUCCGCCUGAAAAUUCAACAAAGUCCUGAUUAUGCAGAAGAACUUGAUUUUGAAUCUGGAAUGCGGGACUUCAAAGAACGCUUAGCUAAUUAUGAAAAGGUAUAUGAGCCGGUAGAGGAGGGUUCUUAUGUCAAAAUGAUUGACAUGGUCAGCGGACAAGGUGGCCAGAUACAAGUUAACAACAUCAGUGGUUAUCUUCCUGGCCGAAUUGUCUUCUUCUUGAAUUAUCCAUGCUUAGGUAAAAUGUGGUUGUCACGACAUACAAAACAUCUUCUACUGAAAUCAUUAGUUCAGGUGAAUACUCAUCUCACACCCCGGCCUAUUCUGCUUACUCGGCAUGGUGAAAGUCGAGAUAAUGUCAGAGGAAGAAUUGGAGGUGACGCAGUUUUGAGCGAAGCUGGUGAACUUUAUGCAAAGAAACUUGCAAACUUUGUUGAGAAGAGACUGAAGUCUGAGAGGACAGCUUCUAUAUGGACUAGCACACUACAAAGAACAAUACUAACUGCAAGCCCAAUUGUUGGAUUCCCAAAGAUACAAUGGCGCGCUCUUGAAGAGAUAAAUGUUGGAGUUUGUGAUGGAAUGACUUGUGAAGAAAUAAAGAAAAACAUGCCCGACGAAUAUGUAUCUCGUAAGAAGGACAAGCUUAGAUAUCGAUACCCUCGUGGGGAGUCAUACUUGGAUGUCAUUCAAAGACUGGAACCUGUAAUUAUUGAGCUCGAACGACAACGUGCACCAGUUGUUGUCAUUUCUCACCAGGCCGUGUUGAGAGCAUUGUAUGCAUAUUUUGCUGACAGACCACUAAAAGAAAUUCCGGACAUUGAGGUGCCACUUCACACAAUAAUUGAGAUACAAAUGGGGGUUACUGGUGUCCAAGAGAAAAGAUACAAACUCAUGGAUUAAUUCAUUUCCAUAAGGUGUAAACAUGAGUUAACAUUGCUUGUAGCUGGCUCUUCCAUCUUGCAUUUUUGUUGUAACAUAUAUAUAAAUAUAUAAUUAUGAUCGACAAACUGGCUGUCUGCUUGGAAGGAAGCAACUCCAAUCACUUUCUUGGUGACAUUUACCACCUGAAUGAAAAAAAGAAGAAGAAAAAAACAGUUAAUUUCUUCAUCUUUUGUGUGCUUUGCUUUUCAAGCAACGAGACAUUGUGUAUUUCAUAGUUAUAGCAGGUAGCAUUCUUGGAGUACCAAACAGACUUAGAAGAACACUGAAUUUGCUGAAGAGGUCUUCUGGAGAGGUGAAUCCUUUUCCCCUCUUAGAUGAGACUUAUAAUGGUAAAAAGCAUAAUCGAUCAGUUACUAUCCGAGUAUGGAGAAAUUAUAUACAGCGAUUAUAUCUAUUUUUUUUUGUCUCAGAUUAAGAUUUCCUUGAACUUACAUAAUUGAAGUGUUUGAUGUUGAAUAAAUUCAAGGAUAGCAUGCAGGUUCCUACGUUCAAGUACACUUCGUUCGUUCCACUGAUGGAAGAAAUGAGCUUCCCAAAGGAUCUGAAGUUAUCUUUUUUGUUGAUAUGCGUGGAAGAUUACCAUGACUGUCCGGCAUAUAUUUUCUACUACAUGGUGUUGUGUAGGCAUGCUUUCAUGUGUGUGGCCGCGACCUGGCAACGACGGACUAUGGCUCAGGAUCGCUUUGGCGGUGGCCUCCGCAAGCGAGGGCUUCAAGAGAUGCUUUGCGGAACUCCUUUGAUGACAUGGUCGGUUGGGAUGGCCAGGUAGUGUACAUCAUCUGACGAGCUGUGAGCCAUGCUGAUGAUCAGAUCAGAUCAGGUUCAAACAGAUUGUGCAGGAGAGCGGAGGUCUGCUUAAUUUUUCUGGAAACCUUCGUUCAAACAAGUGUUGUGACAGCCAACACUUGGUUUCGAAGGAGAAUGAAACCGACCUCUCGUUGCCGCAUGCAUGUCGGCAUCGAGGCAUUCCACCGUCCUACGUACACGUGCAGAGAAGAUAGACAUCCAAGAGUCGGUGGCCAGGCUACGCAUUCCAAAGCACGACAGAGAGCCCAAAGACAAAAGCGUGGGAGUACGUGUACAACCUGCGGGGGUUUCCCUCCCGAUGUCGCUACUAUUUAGUUGAUCCAGGAGAGCGAGCGAGAGAACGGGGAGGGGAUAAGAGCCAUGGAGGAUAGCGUUGAUGCGAGCGAGAGCUUCGUCUCUCUUUCAUCCAUUCUGAAGCCAGAAGACCCACCCAACGGAGGGCCUGCAGUAGAUAGCGAUGAGGAAGCAGAAGAGAUAAUGGCGGCCAAGAAGCGAGAUGCUGUAGACUCCAGCCUCAAGGGAGCCGAAGAGGUUGACGAUGGUGUCGGGUUCAUCGGUCGUCUUGUGUCUAACUUGACCGUCUCCGUUCCGGGCGGCCCUGUCGAGGGGACCGAGGAUAAUCACAAGAAAGAAGAAGAAGAAGAAGAAGGUGGAGGGCUCAUCAACCAUCUCUUCCCCUACUUGCCUGUUACCAUGCCAGACGAGCAAUCUCCUUCAGCGGCUGAGGCCUCGCUUCUCAUCUCUAUCAUCGAAGACUAGGGAUAAAGACAAAGAGGAGAUCAACGUUAUUGUGGUUUCCAUUCUGCUCGUACAUGUUCCAUCUCUCAGGUCAACUUUUCUCUUGAGAGGUCUACUUCCAAUUCCAUCCAGCUGACAAUUUGUUGCUACAAGGCUGGUGGCUUGUCACCCAUCCCUAUGCGCCAUGCAAAUGAUGUCUAAGCUCCAUGUAAAUGCCAUUUUAAUUCCAGUUAAUCAAUGUACUUAUGCGUGCUGGAGAUUGAA